CGCCAAAGCGCACAACACGGUCCCCAAUCCCCUGACGCAGGGAUGGAGCGCACAAGAGCGCACCGGGUAACUCGGCUCGCUCACAGAAACGGGAGCGUGAAGAUCACCGCGAGGCCAGACAUGAGGAGUGACCGACACCGGGGACACCGGGGACACCGGGGACACCUCCACCUGCAGCGGACUGUGAUUUUUCUCGUCGCGCUCACGAUACAACCGCAGGCUGUGUGUGCAGUCGGUAUGUUCGAGCUUCAGAUCCAUUACUUCCAGAACCCCCUUGGACUUCUGCAGAGUGGAGACUGCUGCGACCUCCAGGCCGGCGGCGUGCAGCGCUGCUCUGCCAGAGACCAAUGUGACACUUUCUUUAAGGCCUGCCUCAAGGAGUACCAGGCCCGGGUCAUCCCAACUGGAGCCUGCACCUUCGGGUUGGGCAGCACAGGGAUCCUGGGUGGAAACUCCCAGUCGCUCCACCACCGAGGACACGACGGAGGAGGAAGAGAGGAUGGGACUAAUGGACAGAUUGUCAUUCCCUUCAAAUACGCGUGGCCGAAGUCCUUCUCUUUGGUGUUGGAGGCUCUGGACUACGACAACGACACAUCAGAAUCAGGUCAGCUGAUUGAGCGAGUCCUCCUCUCCUCCAUGUUGAACCCUGGUGAACAGUGGCAGACGUACCGUCACCACGGACGGCCUCUCAGUCUGGAUUACCGGCUUCGCUUCCGCUGUGAUACAAAUUACUACGGACCUUUCUGCAACAAGUUCUGCAGGGCCCGCGAUGACUUCUUCGGUCACUUCAUCUGUGAACCCAGCGGCUCCAAGGUCUGCAUGGAGGGCUGGACGGGGUCAGAGUGCAAAGAAGCGGUGUGCAGGCAGGGGUGUCAUCAGGCCCACGGCUCCUGCACCGCACCUGGAGAAUGCACGUGUCAUUAUGGAUGGCAGGGCCCUCUGUGUGACCAGUGUAUGACGUUCCCCGGCUGUGUGUACGGAAGCUGCAGCGAGCCCUGGCAGUGUGUGUGCGACGUCAACUGGGGAGGAUUGCUAUGUGACAAAGAUCUGAACUACUGUGGCACCCACCAGCCCUGUAAGAACGGCGGGACCUGCACCAACACGGAGCCGAACGAGUACCACUGUGAGUGCCAGGAAGGAUUCAGAGGACGCAACUGUGACAUUGUGGAGCAUGCGUGUUUAUCGUCGCCGUGUACGAACGGAGCAACCUGUGUGGAAGACCCAACGGGCUUCAGCUGCACCUGUACCGACGGCUGGACAGGACACACCUGCGCUGAUGCUGUGAGGCAGUGUGAUCGGAGCCCCUGCGGCCGUGGAGCGACAUGUCAGGAGGCACCUGGAAGUUACCGGUGCCUCUGCCCACCUGGAUGGACCGGCAGGACGUGCCAGCUGGACACCAACGAGUGUGAAACGCGUAUAUGUGUCCACGCCCGCUCUUGUCGCAACCUGAUCGGUGGAUACCUGUGUGACUGCCUUCCUGGAUGGACGGGGCCUAACUGUGACAUCAGGAACAGCAGCUGUCAGGGUUUGUGUUUGAACGGCGGACGUUGUGAGGACCAGAUGUCAGGGUCCAGAUGCUUGUGUCUACCUGGUUUCUCUGGAAAAUCUUGCCAAAUUGGUCCGACUCCCUGUGACAGCGCUCCCUGCCUGCAUGGAGGACAGUGUGUGGAGCAGGAUGGACGGACUGUCACGUGCAACUGUCCCACGGGAUAUUCAGGAGACUUCUGUGAGAAAGAGUUGGAUAUGUGCAAUCCCAACCCCUGCCACAAAGGGGUGCCCUGUCACAGCACAGAGGGCAGAUAUGUGUGUGCAUGCCCUGAGGGUUACUAUGGCAACGAGUGCAUGAACCUCAAAAACUCCUGCAUUGGUCAACACUGUCCAGGUGCCAUGUCUGACACGAUACACGGGGGUGUCAGCUUCUACAUCAUCCUGGUGGGUGUCUUAGCUCUGGUGAUGGUCUGUGGCUGUGCGGGCUGCGCCUUCACUCUCUCACACCUCCACCGAAAGCGUAAAAAGCUGCAGGCCGUCCCACAGGAAGAAGGCAUCAACAACCAGAGGGAGUUCGUCAACCUCAUCAGAAACGUGGACCGUCCCGUGCCCCUCCUGCCUCCUGCCGCCCCGCCCGCACACCCUCCGGCCCCAGUCUCUCGUUGCUACGAGGAGAUUGAACUGACCCUGCCGCCCUCCCCGGCACCCUCACACCCGUCUCCGGCACUAAAGCCACAUGGCCCCAAACUGGACAUUUCAAACCGGGAGAGGGAGAAGUUGAACCGCUUCCACUACACAGACAACCAGGAGCUGGAGGCCUGACCUUUGAAUUUUUGGGCCUCAGAGGGGCUUUUUGAGUUCUAUUUUAUUUUGUCUUCUUCGCACUCUCUCGCUAACAGGGACCUGUCUCCAGUUUCUUACGCUGUGUCACUGUUGCAGUUAUGAAAAUGGGAUGACCUUAUGACCCUUUAUGUCCUCAAAUAUCAACAGAAAACUCUUGAGGAGUGAAGGCUGCUAAGAAGAAGGGUCAAAAGUGUAACUGUGUGGUCGUCUUUGACUUUAUUAACUGUGGGAAGCAGAAGAUGCAUGAUGUUUGACUGACAGGUUCAUCAGACUCUUGAUUUAUUCUUGAGGCUUAAAGACUCGCCUUGGAGUGCCUGAGAUACCCUCUAGGAAAUAGAGGAUCAUCCUCUGUAGGAGCCUCUUAAUUUCCUGGUCCAAGCUACCAUUUGAUUGGUGUUCAGACCUCCAUUUCUGUUUCUGACUGAACUCUGACAGACAGAGAGAUCUAUGAAUGGAUGCUUAUUUAACCCUCGAUGUGUAUGUCUGGUCGUGUGUUUAGUGUGUGUGUGAGAGUAAAAGAGAGAAUGUAUAUUAUGAGUGUUUGUGAGGGAGAAGGACAGUUUACUCUAAGAAAAUAAAUCAAAGUUGAUAUAUAUACAUAUGAUAUAUAUGUAUAAAUGUCAAAGAGGGUGCAUACUCCUGCUCUAAGGGCUUUUAAGCCUUUGUUUUUAAACUAUACACUGUUGCCUGUAUUGUCUUCGUAAUACUACAGUUUGUUGAAAAUGUAUGAUUGUUUCAUACCUGCGUGUAAAAUACCUUUUUUGUACAUGAAUAUAUUGUACAUAUUGAUGCCCUUUUUGUACUGUGUUUUGGUCUGAAAGUAUCACUGUAUUUCUUUGCUCUGUUUGUCCCAUUUCACUUUCCAUUUGGAGCAACAAGCACAUGUGGAUUGUAAUAAAAGUGCA